AUGAAUCGCUCGUACAUAGGUAGCUCAUCCCUCGCGGUUGCGCGUCCACCGAGACCUAGACCAAGACCCCGUGACCCAGAGUUUAGUUCUCCCUACAAUCUCCGAAGUCGCCCUGCGCACCGUGCAUCACCUCCAGCUCCUAGCGUGGCUGGUGAUAGGUCACCGGAAUCGUCGUUGUUGCCACAGAUUGAGGCGGGGCCGUCGCAAAGAAGGAACGCACCACCUUUUCCGGUGAGUGUAAUAGCCGACGUGAGCGAGGCUCUGGUGGAAGAAAGCGUUCCUCCCAUGAAAACUCCAGAGCGUGCACCCUUAACCGUUCGUCAGGCGGAGGGGGGAGAGGCGACCCUUGGAUCCCCUGUGGUCCCUGGCUCUUCGGCGAUGACGCACCGGGGGCCGCCUGGAGACGCGGCGCACAGCCCAAAUGAGGAGGCAUGGCACCAGCUGACUCAGCCCCCGAACAGCAACCAGCUCUCGUCAUCUGCCCUACCUCGCCACACGAUGAAAAACGACCCAAGGCCGAGUCCGUUUGACAUGCCUUCGGCAGUACACUCGAUUGACAGCACGCUUGACCGCGCCACGCCUCGCCUCUUUACUUCAGCACGACACGAGAAGCUGAAACACAUGCAACGUAUCGCAAGGCAAAUCUCAAAGAACUACACGCAGCGAAAGGCACCACGAUUUCGUUCCCGUCGUGGCACAACACGUGAUGCUGCACACCGUUUGUCACAGAUUUCUUCCAUUUCAGUAGCGCCUGCCAUGUCGAGUGUGCAGGCCCCUGUGGGAGGCCGCAGCAAUCAAGCAGUAACGCCGGCGCCGCAAACACGUUCGUUGAGGCGACGGUGCUUGUCGGAACCAGGACACCGCGGGCCGCCUACCCCACUGGGUUGGAAAUGGCCCGCUGUGUUCGAACUCGAAAGUUCUCGUUCAAGCCGUGUCCGCACUUUGAAUCUUCCUUGGGAGGCUGCACGCCCUGUGCCGCUCCAACAACCCGAAGCCUCGGGGCGGCCGUCUACUCACGGUGCUUCGGGUCCCCCUCAGGCCGGCGACUACCGCCCACCAGCACCCGGUACAGAAUUGCAUGGAGAUGAGACUGGCUCAAGAGGUCUCGAGGCUUCCGGCCCGGUUGCGCAGGUCGGCUCCAGCCCCUAUGGCAAAGAUGGUGCGUCCGACACAGGCAGAGGCGGCGCGAGGUGGGCCAUUGAACUCAAGCUUGAGAGUGGAAGCUACGGCCUGGACGACUACAUAAGCCGUCCCUGGCCAGAUUCGGCCACGACAACCCAGCUGCUGCAUGGCGGCGAGCGAAGCGCUCAUGCGGAGGCACGCUUGUAUUAUGCAGGAGCUGCUGGCAGUCCAAUUCCCGGCGAUCCUUCACAGCAACCAAGUGCUGCAGCUGGCAGUCCCGCGACAGGCGGGUCUAUAGGUAGCAGCACUGAUCGCGGCGCUGGCGGGUACCGUGGGCCUGGACCGCUGGACCAGCGGAAACCCGAGUUUCGAAUUCACGGUGAGCGAGGAGGCAGAUUCGGGAGCACUGACAAUGCACCAGCAGACCACGUUGACAUUCGCGGCGCCGGCGCAUCUCGCACAGCGAGCGGCCUAGCUAGCGAGACAAACGUACAGCUUGUCGAGGGUGGGGCUGGCAGCUACCUGGCAACGGAACAUCUCAGAAGCGGGCAACUGCCGCCCGUCAUCCAUGCAGGCGUUGGGAGCACCGGGGAGUUCCCCGGUUAUGCGGGGAUCAAUCCCAUGGCCGCGGCAGCCAGGGGCAGUGGGCAUGGUGUUAGUUUCUCUACGGCCUACGCCUUAGGCUGGCUACCUGGGCAGCAGGGUGAGACUAGCAUGGCGGGCUACAGCGGGACUGCUUUGGCCAUGGAGAAGCAUCCAGAACACGUCGUUCAUGGCGGCGAUGGCAGCGGGGGCGGGCACGGAAGUCAUCUCAGUCACAGGCUGGUGUCCUCCAGCUCGAUCGGGAAAAGCGGCGAGACAGAUGCGGUAGCAGCUCAAUGUCGCACAGCGCCAGAGAGCUUAAUGCCACGGCGUACGAGCUCCGUUAGUGGUUUGACAGAGCGUGGUCCGGUCAUGCGUGCACGUCGCAUAACGCAUGAGGGUGAGGGUGGGACGGGCGCGUACCCAAGCCAUGCGGAGGGUGGGUUGAGGUCCGUGAGCACAGCCACCGGUAUCAGUGCGCGCGAUGUCGGUGGGUCUCAUGAGCAGGCUGCAGGCACGCCUCCGGUGCAGCGGAUGGCGGGCACGUAUGGCGUCUACAGUGCGUCUGGCUUCCCUACCGGGUUGCAAGCUGAUGCAGUAAUGAACCAGAGCGAGCGGACCAUGGGGGGCGGGUUCCCCAGCCGUCCUGGGGACGUACCUGUGCCCCCGAGCACGGCAGUGGGAAGUAGGCGAUACGAGGCAGGUAAAGCCAUGGGCUACCUCGCAGGCGCCCUUGCUCUGCGAGAGGGCGUGCGCUGGUCCACCGGUAAGAGUGGACCUGGGGGAGCCCAUAUGGGCCCUGUCGGAUUCGCAAUGCCUGGUAGCGGGGAGCUCAGGUAUGCCUACGGGGAGCAUGCUCAGGAGCAACUAGUAGACCCGGGUGCGCUUCCCGGACGAGCGGCGUUCACAGCGGUUUUAUCAGACACUCAGGCUGGAGGACACAUUGUACGGAAUGCAGCGGAAAUGAGCCUGACUGGCCAUGAUUUGCCUGUUGAAGAUGGCAACCGACAGCGCGAGUCCUCAGUGCCUGAGGGCGGAGGGAGAAGUGGUUACCCUGGUCGUCAUGCGGACGAACAGGCGCUACCGAGCUCGCUCUUCGCAGCCGUUGGGUAUGAAGCGAACGUAACCGGCGGUCGGGCUAGAGGCACGCUUACUGCUAGUCGUGGCAGCGAGAGCCGCGACAUAGGGCACAGUGGAUCUGGGCAGCAGCCUGAGAGGCAGCUGGAGUUCGCAAUGGAGGGGCUGAAUGUAGGAUCUCCCGGGGUGGGUCGCGACGUUUCACCAGGUCAGAUGGGUUCACACCACGUUACCGCAAGAGGCGUGUCUACAACGGACUCAACGGAAGGCCAGACGGCUGGACUGCCUGUUUCUCAGGCAGGCGGCUACGACCUGAGUCGCCACCCAUCCGAGCCACACGGCCCGUGGGCCACAAACCCGUCUGGUGGACAGGCUGAGGCAUUGCGGAGCGGCUUUGGCGUCGUUACAUUUGCGGAUCCAGGUCCUGCUGAUCCAAUAACACGGAGGAGCAUCGACGAAAUGACUUCAGGCGGGCAGAGACAGACGGGCCCACUUCUGCAGAAAAGUGGCUACGAGGCGGGCAUCUCGGGCUUCGACAGAGCAAGCGGCAUGCCGGCGCAGGCGGUGACUAGUGCAGCGAGGGGUGUGUACGGAGACCCUUCAAACUGGGGUGAGACACAGCAACCAACCCCUCAGCGGGAAGACAUCCACUACGCAAGCGGUCUUCCUCCACACUUCGUUUCGAGGAUCCCUGAUCUCCAAUGGCGCCUAUACGGAGACCUUCAGAACCAAAUGCCCCUGUUGGCAGCCCAGCUUUUGCAAAGUGGAGGCUACAGCAGCGGCUCUGGGAGUGAAAUAACACGCGGUCAGAUGGUACUAAAGGAACAGUAUAGGCUUGAGCCAACAGGCGGACCGGCAACUGAACGCAGCGCGGGUGGCUCCGGGACGGCCGAGGAGAGGGGACAAGAUCAUUUUGGCCAUGGAGUUGGCGCGCGAGGAUAUCGGAGCAUUCAGGCGGCCUCAGGGAUUACACCAGCAUUCGAUCCUGGGGCAGGCGCCCAGCAUGCGAGCGGCACAGGCAGUGAGGUUUCAGGACGCACUCGGGCGCAGGCGGGUCAGGGCGUUUCACGUAACACGCGCACCGCUCCACCUGCUGAGGAGACGCUGCCAAGCGUGGCGGAGGGGAGCGGCGACUCGCCUGGCCCUAGUUGUUCUGAUCGUGAGAUGGCCAAAAGAAUGGCACGGCAAGGGCGUCAGCGCGACACAGGUGCGAGUAGUGACGCUGCACUCGUGCCUCUGGCGUCGCCCGCUUCAGAUGGGUCUCACGGGAGGAGCGGCCUGGGUAGUCGCGACACGACACAACCUCCUCCUACAAAGAGGCGUGGGGCUCCCUCGGCACACGGACGGGCACAUGCGGGCAACAGACGCCGAGGUAUGUCUACACCAGAAAACGACAGGACUCACCAACCUUGGCUGCUGGGGGCCAGUACUGCACUGGGCACAAACAGCACUGCUGAGGCUAUCACAGAGGCGUCCGGCAGCUCGCUGACGCCAGAACGCGAUCUUGCACAGAAGAGCACUGGUGGCUCGCAGCGAGGACACUGGUUGUCAGAAGGAUCUUCUGCAGUUGGAGGCACGCACACCGCGGAUGGACCCUUCAGCGCUGGCCCGAGCACUCAUGCAAGUGCUGGUCUAUUACCGCAAGAGCGUGCAGUUGGCGAGUCCGGUCAGAUUGUGCCGGUGUCCUCUGAUGUGACGACAUCCAUCCUCUUUACGCGAGAACAAACAUCGGCUCCAACCGUUCGUAGUGGCUCUGGUGCAAAUCUGGCACCGCACGCUGUGCUGCAGGAAGGCAUGAGUGAUACAAGAGGCACAGGCGUGGCUCCCGAACUACAGACAAUCCUGGGAAUGUCAACACAAGAGGAUACGCCGGCCACCAGCGGGGCGGCCGGUGCAGAGCCAGCUUCUCAGUCGUCUCGUGACGAGUUGACGGACAGAUUCGCGUAUCGCGUCGGCAACAACUACGCCACCGAGUCUGGCACUCUGACGGCGUCAUCCAGCGACCCGGGGAUCCCGUCUGCAUCGGUCGCACGGGAUCCCUACGCGUUCGAGUCAUCCUCAACGGCAUCGCAGGCAAGCAGCGAUGGCGAGAGUUAA